AUGCCUGCUUUUCAUUUAUCUCCUUUGGUGAGCCACCGAGACUGGGUCAGCUCGGCCGAACAGCGCCUGUUUGCGCUCCUAAAGACCGGCCAGCCUUCACCAGUCUCAUUCUCGUCGCCAAUGUGCGCGUCACGGAGACAGGAAGUGAAAGUCAAAGCCAAGCCAAUGGCCUCAUCAAAAAUCACUGUCGCAAUCGUGGCUCCAGGUGCCGGUACGGGCAUCAACGGGGCAGUCUAUUCUGAGCUAGCACGCAGCCCGUCUUUUAAGGUGGAUGUCAUCGGGCGGUCGAGGGCACCCUAUGAUAUUUAUCCGCCAUGCUGGCCUCAGGGCGCGCCCGCGCCCAACCUGCAGAGCUUUGCAGAGGAGGUGCUGGAGACCGGAGCACACCGGGAUGCCCAGGCUCUUGUCUUUGGCUCACGUGGUGGGCAAGUGGUUCUUCCACAUAUGUGGCAGGCGGAGGCACAGGGCCUGGUUCCUCCUGUGCCCCCAGCUGUGGUCAUCAACGGUGGAUGCGCCAUGAACUUGCCAACUCCCGUGUUCUGGCCAGACUCAGCUGUGACCUUCCUCCUCAUUGGAGGGAACGACAACUUCAGGGGAAGCCUCACGAUGGAGGAAUAUGUCGCGGAGACGAGGAGCUAUGUCCCGCCUGGCAAUCAGACAACUGCCAUCUUGUCUGUGAACGAGAUGACGCACAUGCCCCAGCAAUCCCUGUUUCGUGGAGUUCUGCGUCUGAUGCUGAAGGCGCUGAUCUGCUGGAAGGCAGAUGGGAAGGUGCCCUUAGAGCGCCUUCGCCAGAUCUUGGCCUUCCUUAGACAGGACGGAUGGAGCGGAAAGCUGCUGUACACAACAGCUCCUAGUGAGUGGGAGGACAUUCCAUUUAGCCCCCGUGACAGAGAGAAGUACCAGGCCCAGGUCCCAAGACACAUCCGGGAGGACCUGGCAGCCGUGGACGAGGCCAAGGCGCUUUGGAGGGCCACAGCGCCCAUCAAAGGACAUCGCUUGGCUCAGGUGGUGAAGGUCGUGACUGGGGUUCCAGAAGACGUGAAGUACCGGAUCCUGACCUGCUGUAAAGACCGGUGCCGCCAGGAUUUUCUGGAGCCUGAAGAGCAGGAGUUGAAGGGCGCAUCUGCUGGCGAAGUUGGCGUUGUCAUCGCGCGCACCGCACCAUGGUGCGGCGCCAUGCCCGAGAAGGGGGUCAUUGGCCGAGACAUCCAAACAGCGUUCCACAAAGUGUUUUUAUGCACUAGCCAAGUGAUGGCAAUGGACCUGGUGGAUUGCGUGGACUCCGAAGCUGUCCAUUGCAAUUGCAGUGGAUGCGCCGGUACAUCUCGCUUUACGAGCGGCCGACGCAGAAUGGUCAUGGCCAUUUGCCGUCCGCUUUGCAUGGUUGAUACGGACUUUGAUGUGGUCUUCGACACUGGGUCUGGAAACAUUGUACUGCCCACUUUGAAAUGUGCUGAUGAGGCAUGCGAGGACCACCACCGUUUUUCAAGUGGCGCUUCUCGCACAGCGAUCCAAUUGGCUUUGGAAGAUGGCACACCGCUUCGACCUGGCGAUGAGCGCGACACAACAACCAUCACGUAUGGUACUGGGAAACUGACUGGCGAGUAUAUUCGGGACGUGCUCUGCUUGCGAAGAGGCCGCGGAGCGAUCGUAGCUGAGAGCUCCCUCUGCCUGAAAGUCGACUUCCUGGGUGUGACGCAGGAGUCUCGAUUCCCUUUCACGGAACUUCCAUUUGACGGCAUCUUUGGCCUGGGCUUGGGUGGAUUAUCAGCUGGGCCUUCUUUCAACUUUGUGAACGGCCUCGUGGCGUCCAAUCAGACAGUCAAGAAUCCGACCUUUGCCUUUUUUCUGCGAAACCUGGACGCUGAUGAGGACAGCGAAAUCACGUUUGGAGGGUAUCGCAGAGACCGCUUAAAGGAAGAAGUGACAUGGCUCCCUGUUCCCAAAGAAGAAGCCGAUGAAAAAGGGUAUUGGCUCGUGACGAUGCGUGACAUUUAUGUGGGAGACAAAGCUCUGGGUCUUUGUGGUGCUGGCGGUCUCGGGUGCCAGGUCGCCAUGGAUACAGGGACAGCAUUGAUGAUGGGUCCUCGACGAGCAGUCGGCAAGCUCCUCAACGCCUUGGGAGACUGCAAGCAGCCGAUACCAUCAAUCCGCUUUGAACUACAAACUUCGGAUGGAGGCAGCUUCAACGUGAUUCUGGAGUCGAAGGAUUUUGCAGAGGUCAAAGGUCCUGAUUGCGUCUACGCCUUUCAGCCCGUAGAUCUUCCACCAAACCUCGGGCCAAUGUGGGUUUUCGGACAGACAGCGCUCAGGAAAUACUACACCAUCUACGAUGCAAGAAGAUGGCAAGUUGGCAUCGGCCUUGCGCAGCAUACUGCGCUGAAGCGUGUGGGAGCGCUGGUGCAGGAUGGCGGCUCCCCGCAGAAAAAAGCCGAGCCAGAGGUUUGCGAAGAUGACAAUAAAAACAUGGUGUGGAACCAUUUGCCUGGCUGCAAUGCUUUCGCUUCCAUGGGCUACUGCCACCGCUUUUCCCCGCUAGCCAGGAAGUAUUGCCGGCUCUCCUGCGAAUUGUGUACUGCUGGCGCUUCAGCUGGCAGCACGAGUGAUUUGAUCGAGGAAAAGAAUAUCCAGGAGAGCUCUCCAGCUCCAGUGCAGGUUGCGGGCUCUGGAAUGAGCAUUUCUGGUGCUCGGCGAGGAGUCGUCAAGCUACGAACUCUCAGUACUGAAGAAGCUUGA